GUCGGGUUCCUGCUGCCUCCCGCCCCGCCCCAGCCCCCGGCCAUUGAGAUUCGAGGUGUAGCGCCGUCUAGAUCCGCGCCUGGAUGAUGGAGUGCGUGGUGCAGGGUAUCAUCGAGACCCAGCAUGUUGAAGCUCUGGAGGUUCUUCUCCAGGGCCUCUCUGGUGUCCCAAAAGAACGUGUUAGGGUGCAUGAGCUCUGUCUUAAAAGUGGACCAAAUCUAGGAGUUGUCCCAUCAGAGGUCCGUUUGCUGUGUGACUUAGCUCAGCCAACACCAUCCUGGACGAUAAGACAUGUCGGUGGUUCUAUGAGAGGUGCUGGUGCGGAGCAGAUCUCGAUUCUGGUGCGCACAAUCGUGGAAAGCAAAGCCAGCAACAACGUGCUGCGCUACUUCUACACCAUAGGCUACAAGUUGGAUCAUGAACUUCUGAAGGUGGGCUUUGCGUUCCGGUUCCAGCGAGGUGCCCAGUUCACCGUGACCGUCACUUCCACCAACAAGAUGCCGAAACUCCACGCGACCGACGAGGCUGUGCAGGUCACUCCUGGAAUACAGCUGGUGGAGAUCACAGCUCCCUGCACUGCCAACAAUUACAAUGACGUCGUUUCCGCUGUCACCUCGUUCUGUGAAUACCUAGCGCCGCUGCUGCAUCUCUCUAAACCAGGAAACUCAACUGGAAUCGUCCCGACUGCCGGCGCUGCUGCUGCCUCGCUCAUGUCAAGUGGUGGUGCUAAGACAUUGUAAAUCUUUUGUCACACGUAUCUUUCUGUGUGACAUUACAGUGAGAUGCUGGUUUGUAACUAGUUGAAGUGGUAUGAAUAGCAUUGUGAUGCCAUUUUCACUGUAAUCUAACUUGAAGUUAAACAGUAUUGCUGG